GAUCCGUGCUCGUCAGCUGUCAAGCCGCACGCACGCAUACUACAGUAUUGUCUCGGAGCGGAGGUUUGUUUGGACAAACCGACUGAAUGUAAUAUUCCUCCGGGACCAGCGGACAACUCAAAGUGCGGAGACCGGGUGACGACUCCCGCGGAGCUGAGGUGAAGCGACGCGGUGAAGGGAGGACCUAGUUUGACCCGUGUCCGGAGAGUGUUUGAUUAGGUUUCCGGUUGUAGCGUUUAGUGAGACGCUAGUUCUACGUCCAGCACCAUUAGCUUAGCCGCCUAGCAUGCUAACAGGCUGAUGUAGCCGCGGCGCACUGGAGGAAAUGCGCCGGCAGCUCGUCUGGAGCUCCGUGAUUUGGGUGAAAUUGAUGUUCUUCUAAAUAAUUAACCACCAUGACAUGUUGUUGGUGGAUGUGGUGAAGUGGUGGCAGCUUUGACGAGGAGCGGCGGCAGACGAGGAGGCAGGAGGAGCAGGAGGAGGAGGCUGGGCUGCUCGGAGAGUUAUGAGCAGUUUCAACAUCAGAACCGACACCUCCACGCUGAGCUCCUCUUUGGGCACCGACAGUCAGGGCUCACCGCUCGGCGUCACCACCACAACCAACAACAACAACACCAAGGAGUGGGUCGUGGGGAGCGAUGGGUUCCCUUGCUGCCACGAGAUGAGUCCCAUGGACGAGACGGUGCAGGCGGGGAUGUCAUCGGUCCAGUCGGGACAUGACGGGCACCUGCCCUUUCUUCACACCGGGCACCGCAGCCCAGAGGACGGCUUGCUCCUGGACCUCACUUCCCCCGGAGGCUACAUGGACAGCGGUCCACUCGGGUACAGCAACGGCGGUGGGAGCAACGUCGGGCCGCUGUUCGAGAAGAGGAAGAGGUCGAGGUCCAACAGCUCCAGGAGCCGCUUCAACGAGGUGGUGACGGAGCUGGGACCCGAGGAGGUUCGGUGGUUUUAUAAAGAGGACAAGAAAACUUGGAAAGCCUUUGUCGGGCAUGACUCGCUCAACAUCGAGCUCAUGUUUCGGAAAUACUCCGAGCUGCUCCUCAGGGUGGCGGAGUCCCGGGGCAGCGGGGAGAAGGAGCAGGAGGAGGGCUGUGGUGGGGAGGGCAAAGGGCUGAACGGUGCGGCGCCGGUGGAGACCAGGACCAGCAGCGUGCACGGAGGCCCGGGGUCCCUGGACACGUCCAUCCUGUCCUCAGAGAACCCUGACUGCUUUGAGAUCAACGUGGAGCCUGUGUGCGUCCGGGGAGGGCUCUACGAGGUGGACAUUAAGGAGAGGCAGUGCAACCCCGUCUACUGGAAGCAACAAGAUCACAUUCCGGUGAUGAGAGGCCAGUGGUUUAUUGACGGUACCUGGCUCCCAUUGGAGGAGGAGGAGAGUGACCUCAUCGAGCAGGAGCACCUAAGCCAUUUCCGCGGGCAACAGAUGCAGGACACGUUCGAGUCCGACCUGGUGGUGAAGACCGUCGACAGCAAAGAUGUUUUCUCCCACCUGCCCCCUUUCUACCUCCCUUUUCUGUUCAAAUGGAGUGGAUAUCCGACGAGUGCUAAAACUACAUGUCACAAGCGCAAACGCUGUCAAGCCAUCCACAGUCUGAAGCUGAGUCGGACCCACGUGGAUUGGCACGGCGUGGAUGAGGUCUACCUCUACAGCGACGCCACCACCUCCAAAAUUGCUCGCACCGUGACUCAGAAACUGGGUUUCUCCAAAGCCUCAAGCAGUGGUACAGGGCUCCACCGGGGCUUCGUUGAGGAGGCCUCACCCGAGGACAGACCCCCUCAGACUACACACAUCGUCUUUGUGGUCCAUGGGAUUGGACAGAAGAUGGACCAGGGACGCAUUAUUAAAAACACUGGAAUGCUGAGGGAGGGUGUGAGGAAGAUGGAGGAGAAGCACUUUUCAGAAGUCAGUGACGAGCGUGUGGACUUCCUGCCGGUCGAGUGGCGCUCCAAACUCUCACUGGAUGGAGACACAGUAGACUCAAUCACACCAGACAAAGUGAGAGGACUGAGAGAUCUCCUCAACAGCAGUGCGAUGGACAUCAUGUACUACAACAGCCCCCUGUACAGGGACGAGAUUACCAAAGGCCUAACGCAGGAGCUUAACAGGCUUUACACACUCUUCUGCUCCCGGAAUCCGGAGUUCGAGGAGAGGGGAGGAAAAGUGUCCAUAGUGUCCCACUCCCUCGGCUGCGUCAUCACCUACGACAUCAUGACGGGCUGGGAUCCCGUGCGCUUCUGCCUACAAGAGGAUCGCGCUGUGGAAGAGGAGCUGGACCUGCGCUGGAUGUCGUACCAAGAGAGGCACAUUUUAGAGCAGCUACGGCUCACGAGGAUUAGGUUGCGAGAGCUGGAAACUCAGCUCGUCACACUGGAGGCCUGUAAACCCUCCGCACCUCCAGCCCUCAAAUUUAAGGUGGAUAACUUCUUCUGUGUGGGUUCUCCUCUGGCGGUGUUCUUGGCCCUGAGAGGAAUCCGCCCUGGUACCAGCUGCCAUCAGGACCACAUCCUGCCCACUCCCAUCUGCAGCAGGCUCUUCAACGUCUUCCAUCCCACAGACCCUGUGGCCUACAGACUGGAGCCCCUCAUCCUUAAACAUUAUAGCAAUAUCGCACCAGUUCAGAUACACUGGUGUAGUGCCACAAACCCCACAUCCUACGAAGAGGUCCGGCCAACUUUCCUCAACCCAGUCAAAGACCCAACAUCUGACACUGAGAGCAUUCCCAGCCCGAGCACCUCCCCUGUCCUCCCCCGCAGGCACUAUGGAGAAUCCAUCACUAACCUGGGCAAGGCCAGUAUACUGGGAGCGGCGAGCAUAGGUAAAGGGAUCGGAGGCAUCUUCUUCUCUCGUUUCUCGCGCUCCAACAGCCAGCCUUCAGUGUCUUUAGGACUGGAGGGAGUGACAAACACCGAGGAGGAGGAGCAGAAGCGUGCAGAGAGCCAUUCAGCGUACGGCCUGUCCACCUUGAUCCGGCCCACCUCACCCAUCGUUGACACAUCAUUGGAGCUGGAGCGGCGCAUCGACUUUGAGCUCAGAGAAGGUAUGGUGGAGAGUCGCUACUGGUCAGCAGUUACCUCCCACACAGGCUACUGGUGCUCCCAUGACAUCGCACUCUUCCUGUUGACUUUCAUAUACAAGCAGAAGACGACCUCUGACUUAACAGAAGACGCUCCAGAGCCAGACUGAGUCUGCACAUUACGCAACACACUCUUGAAUAGUGUCUGAAAACUCUAAAAGGGUUGGCGAGACACGGAAAUAGACUUCAUCCAUUUAUUUUUAUGCGCACAAACUGAUUAAAUACACUUAUCUCUUUCCUUUAUCACCCUGUGAUCCAGCUCUUUGGAAUCUUGGAAAUCAACACAGACGAACUGACGUAACUCCAAGAUGUGCAUUUAAUGUCUCUUUUUGUUUAUCUCGUACACAAUUGUGCACCCUACGGGUGACAGUGUUGGACCAGGAACCCCUAAGGAGGUGCCCCUUUUACUAGUAUGAGCAGAAGUUGCUUAUAAACAUGAAAUAAGAGCUGAAUGAAUUUGAUGCACCAAGUGGAAAGCCACCUGUUGGUGAAGUGUCCAUAAGUUUACGGUUGAUUAAUGCUUCUGCCCAGCCUCCCUUCCAGUGACUCUGUCUGGAGCCUUGUGACACACAUGCCUGACCCUCGGUCACUGAGGCUUUCAGAUUAAAGUUUUCUUUGACAUCGAGGAUAAAAGAAUUAGAGCUGUCAAAAACAGUUUCAUCCUUAAAGCAUUUCUAACCUGUAACAUCUUCAUCUCUACUUUAUCUCUGAUGUUAACAAGCAAAUUGUAUGCCUUUCAAAAAUAGCCAAACAAUGUUACACAUAACAAACAGAAUGUGUUGUCUGUUAAACGUAUGAAUAGGUAUCUGUUAUAUUCUUUUAUUUUUUAUUUUUUUACAGAACCUGAGGGCAUUAUCCCUUUAACAAUGUUUGGGAAGCAUGAAGAGAAACAUAACAAACGUAUUAGUUUGUUUUUCUUAUUCUAUGCCAUGAUCACCUCUUUUUUUAACAUUCAUUCCUAAAUCAGACACCAUGUGCACUAAAUCAAACAUGAGCAAACCACCACUUUUGUACCACACACACAGUCAAUCAUUCAAUGUUGAGUUUCCGUUAACUAAACAGUUUUGGGGAUAAAAUGCGUCUUAUUACAACAGUUACAGUUUAUCAGGACAUUGUUUUCCAUAAAUGUUUACAGCCACAUAAGGCUUGUAUCACGAUACUUAUACUUUAUCGACAACGCAUUGAGCAUGUGUAUUUAUUUUCUUACACACAGUUUAUGAAUACUGAUCGUAGUCUAAAACGCUCACAAAGUCUUUUGCUCAAAGCAAUCUUAUUCAAUCAAACUUGCAUGAUUCUAUUUAACUGAUGUGAUACCAUGUUCAUGUCUUUAUAACGAUAUCCAGAUGAAAUCCGUGGGACUAGAUGCAUUUUGUUCUGAAAAAGAGAAAUAUAUUCAUAUAUUUUUCCUAGCGAUUUUCAGUCUCUUUUGGGCAUGAACAUGGUUCUCAUCUCGGGAAAGUGGGACUCAAACCUGUGGCCAAAUAACGUGUCUAGCUUGUUACGUUCGGAUUUAGUGGUUUAAUGGCUAAUUCAUACUUCAUGAAAAAACAUAAUUGGCCUAAGGUAAAUGUAGCUUCUAUUGUCAUUUUGUGGCCAGUGCACACAAACAUUAAUUGUAUCUUAGGCCUUUUUUGUGAGUUGGUGACUGGUUCACAAAUGAAUAUGAUGCAGCCUGUCUUUUUUUUUGUUUAAAAGAUGGGCUCCUUCACACUUAAAAACCUGAGUUUUCUAAAAAGAGAAAACAAUAUGGACAAUUAGCGAAAGGAAAUCAUGACCAUGUUUUUUAUAAAAAGUUUCUGCUAAUCGUGAUUUAUGUAGAGGUCUUUUCUUGAUAUGGUCCUUUGACAUCACAGCCAGUAGCAGUUAUGCAGAAAGGAGAAAAGCUCACUCACUUUACGUGGUGUCGUAUAUGUAGAGUAAAUGGAUGCUUCAAGAAGGAAGACAUUGCAGAGAGUGCCAACACACAUCUAAUGAACUGUGUUGGUGUCUUUAUUAAGUAGAAAAAACUCCUAUGAAUGUUAUUGGAUGUCUAAUUAGAUGAUUUGUAACACAACCGCAGUGGAUGAAGAAAUGGACCGACCCUCAGAUACACAUGUGACUGAGCGUGUUGCCCUCUGUGUCAAAUUUUCCCUGUUAGAAUAUCAAAGAGCUUAUUUUAAUUAGAGACUGUGGGAGCUGCUGCUUUUACGGCAACACCGUCACAGGCUGUUUGGGAUCAAUUUAUCGGUGUUGUGUGUCUGUUAUGUCCGCAAAGGCCUAAUGACUGAAACCAGGCUGCCUUGUAGUCGACCAGAUGGUAUAGAAUGGACAAAAUAGAAGGGAGUAGGAUAUGGAAGGAUUUCUACAUUUGACCUGGUGGAUCUUGCACAUUCAUCAGCUACGAGUUGCACAGAAAGGAUGUAGAAAAACCGCCUGAUAAUUAAUGACUUUAUAUAUUCUUGUUUGCACGUGUUCCAUUGCAGCAAUAGAAAUUUGAAGGUGUUUCUUGGAAAGCAGGAAUGCUAUUUACCUUGGAGACCUUAGGCGUGCAAUGCAGAAUACGUAGAACACUUCCAUUGUUGCCUCUGCACCUGAAAAAUCACACUUGCAAAUCCAUAUUGUAGGAAUGUGUACUGGCCCUCAGAACAAUCACGACAAGGUUUGUGAUUCUGCUCCAAGUUUCCACGAUUUAUGUGAAAUUUGCAAAUUUUCCAUCAGAGCAAUUCUUGAUUCCCGCACAGAUUUUAACUGUGCUCACUCUGCAUGAGAAAUAAAUAAAUAAAUAACUAAACUGGAGAGUAGACAGUUUUGUCAAUGUAAAUUGUACUUUUGACUUCAUGAGCAUUUUAUGCACAACAUUUUGAAUGAUAACAGUAUGCUAUAUUUUUUUGGUCAAAGGUACAAGCAUCAGGGAAAAGGCUUCUAUCAAUUUUUGUAGAUUUAAGUGUUGAUUCCAGUUCGAAGCCAUAAUUCCUUUAAAUGAUCAAGAGCUGUCACGGGUGUGUUGUCAGUCUUUAAAAUAUUCAAAAUCUAAUCAAAGAAGGGCCUGCAGCCAUAUGUCAUCACACACUGGGUGAGAAAGAGAAAACUGCACAUUGAAAGUUAUUGUGUUUUUGAAUGAAAAUUUGUGUCAGUUACCACUGUUAACUUUGAAUGGAUGUCUGGAGAGGAUAUUUUUUUGUGUCUGUCCCUAGAGCUGUGCAAUAACCCAUGCCUGUAAUUGAUUCUAACUGCCAUCCAAAGCAUUGUAUUUAUUUCCUUUUAUUAAAGUAUUUCUUUUCCUUUUUGGAUACAA